CGCCAUGUCGCAACGCUCAGCUAAACUGAUCAUAUUUUUCAAUUUGGUCGUCCAUGGAAAAAGGCCUAUCACUAACGUCGAAAGUAUCAAGCUAUUUCUAGAAUCUAUCCAGAACCAAGUCAACCAUUCUUCGUGUAUUGAGCGUAUCAUCGCCAGUCCGGACGCACGUAGGGCUUUGCACACCGGACUGCGGUUCAACGUUACCCCGCAGUUUAUCGACCAAUUUACUACGCCAUUUCUUCACUAUCUUGCCGACCCUGCUAUUAAGCAGCUCUGUAAUGGUCAAUUCCUGCAAGAUAUUUUGACACUUAUUGUCGAGCCAAAGACGGUGUGGACGGCAUUCGUUACUUGUUUCAAGCGAAAGGAAUUAUCGGAAUCCGGUAUCCACGCGUUGGCCUGGAUGGUUGUGGAGUUGCUCUCCUUUCCACCCUCGUCGAGCAUCGACAUUAGAGACGAUGCCCAGGAAAUUACCGAUGAUGGAUCUUUGCUUCUCUCCUCCUCGGCGCAAAUCCGAUCAUUGGGAUACAAAAUUCAGCACAUAUUGAUGAUCAAAUCGACCAAUGCACCCUCUAACCCCGACUUUGCACCCGGCGGACGUCACGACAAUGACUUUUCAGAUUUCCGAAAAGUCGCCAUAUACCCAACAGCCCAUGAAUUCAGAUCGACAGAAAAACCGUUCUAUCGCCGGAUGGGUGAGAUAUCAGAACUGUCCCGGGACCAACGCCUCCCAGCCCAUCUGGAUAAUCAAUUUCGGCUUAUGCGAGAGGACAUGUUAUCUGAACUCCGUGAUGACAUCCAGGUAGCCUUGGGGAAGAAGAAAGGUAAACGAGGGGCAUCUUUACUUGAGAAACUAUCCAUUGUAAACAUUCUUUGCGGCGACGAUCGACGCCUUCGUCCUUGUUCACUCGCAAUUUCCUGCGCGAAGGGACUUAACGCCCUUUCUAGUCGUUCAGCUGCCGAACGGAAGAAAUUUCUCGAUGACAGCCCUAACUAUCUCAAACAUAAUGCCUUUGGAUGUCUGCUUCGUGACAAAGAAAUCAUCGCAUUUGCGACUCUGGAUCGGAAUGUCAAUCAACUCUGCCUUGACGUACCAGUGAUUGUCCUGAAGGUUUUGGGAGAGCAAGCAAUGAAAAAGGCAUUGGCAUCGUUCAAACUUUAUAACGACAUCCAGUUCUUGGUUGUCGAUGCUGCGGUCUUUGCAUAUGAACCGAUCUUGAAAUGCCUACAAGAUAAGACAGACCUGCCAUUAUCGCGAGAAUUGCUAGAAUAUCAAGGCGAUGGACUUACCGAAAAGUCCGGCCUGGUCCCAGAAGAUAUCGUAGAGGAUAUACAAAAUGAGGGCAAUGGAAAUCUCCAGUAUGUUAUUGGUACCAAAACACCAGUGAACCUUGAUCGCACUCAACUGCAAUCAUUUGCUUCCGGCUUGACGCAGACAGUUAGUCUCAUACAAGGGCCUCCGGGAACUGGAAAAUCCUUUAUAGGGGCACUGUUGGCCAAGAUAUUCCAUGAUCACAGCAAAGAGGUGAUUCUAGUGAUGUGUUAUACAAACCACGCACUAGACCAGUUUCUGGAAGACCUCCUCGACAUUGGAAUCGACUCAUCAUCAAUUGUUAGACUGGGAUCUAAGUCUACCACUCGCACUCAAUCCCUAAGUCUAGCCGCUCAACGUUCCUCGUAUAAACACAGUCGAAGUACUUGGGGCGUGAUUGACAAAUAUAAGAGCGAAGCAACGGAUAUCAAGGAGCGGCUGACGCCAGCGUUCAAGCAGUAUGUCGAGUUCAAAGUUGAUGCCCGUACCAUGCUUGAGUUUCUCGAGUUUGAAGAGCCAUCCUUCUACAGUACAUUCAUGCCACCGGAGAAUGAAGGUAUGACUAUCGUCGGUGAGAACGGAAGAAAUGUCGACUCGAGUUAUCUCUACGAUCUUUGGGCAAGAGGCCGAGAACAACCCAGCUUCUGCACGUUAGAUAGUUCCGAAGAGUCUCAUCGCGUCUGGUCAAUGGAUACACCCACACGCCAAGAGUAUAUCCGCACAUGGUCUCAUCAAAUCCUUGAAGAACAAGUCAGUAAUCUACACGAAUCCACGCGCCACAUCGACCAAUGUCAAAAGCAUAUAGAGAAAGUCUGGAAUCAAAGGACCAACUCGAUUCUCAAAUCCAAACGUAUCAUCGGAUGCACUACAACUGCCGCUGCCAUGUACACUGAAGAAAUUCGUGCGGUGUCUCCAGGGAUUCUUCUGCUUGAGGAAGCGGGUGAGAUACUGGAGUCACAUGUUCUGGCAGCCUUGAAUUCGGAAACGAAACAACUAGUCUUGAUUGGAGAUCAUCAACAGCUACGACCGAAGAUUAAUAAUUACGCUUUAUCAGUAGAAAAGGGUGAUGGAUAUGAUCUUAAUCGAUCCUUGUUUGAGCGACUGGUCCUGGCCGGAUAUCCGCAUUCAACGCUAGCUAAACAACACCGAAUGUGCCCGGAAAUUUCCUGCUUGGUGCGAGGUCUAACAUAUCCCGACUUGGAAGAUGCGCCAGGUACACUGUCCCGUCCUGCUCCUCGCGGAUUGCAGGACCGGGUGAUCUUCUUCCAUCAUGAAAAUCUAGAGACUAACUUCGCUCAAGUCUCUGAUCGUCGAGAUGAAGGGACAAAAGGGAGCAAGACAAAUUCUUUCGAGGUGGAGGUUGUUCUGAAAAUUGUUAAAUAUCUAGGACAGCAGGGGUAUGGAACUGACAAAGUUGUUGUACUGACACCGUAUCUGGGACAGUUGCAUCUCCUGAGGGAUCGGCUAAGAAAGGAUAAUGAUCCUGUGUUAAAUGACUUGGACUCUUACGAUCUUGUUAAAGCUGGCCUACUUUCACAGGCUAGUGCAAAUUAUUCCAAGCGCCCGAUUCGACUGUCAACAAUAGACAACUACCAAGGUGAAGAAUGUGAAAUUGUUGUAUCAACUUUAACUCGCAGCAACACCAAGGGUGAUAUCGGCUUUAUGGCAGCCCCCCAACGUUUGAACGUUCUCUUAUCUCGUGCUCGGAACAUUCUCAUCAUGGUUGGAAAUGUAAAUACUUUCGUCAACAGUCGAAAGGGAAGGGAUGUCUGGGUCCCUUUUGUCAAUAGUCUCAAAGAGAAGGGACACUUGUAUGAUGGUCUACCAGUGAAAUGCGAACAGCAUCCGACAAGGACCGCAAUUGUUAAAACAAUAGAGCAGUUUGAUGCGGAAUGUCCGGAUGGAGGGUGUCCUCUGCCUUGUGGUGUCAAAUUGGCCUGCGGAUUACACACCUGCCCAUCUAAAUGUCACCUGCUCUCUGAUCACACCAAAAUGAAAUGCCAAAGGAUCACUGAAUGGACCUGUUCUCGGGGUCACAAAAUAACAUGUCCCUGCUUCCAGGUUAACGGUGCUUGUCAACCAUGUAUUGCUGAGGAUCGAGCCGAGGAAGCCAAGAAAAGGAGAGACAUGAAGCUGGAGCUGGAGAGAGAGAGAAAGCAGAAAGAGUAUAUGAGGGAGUUGACCAAAUUGCAGGAUGAAAUAUCUCACCAGAGACGAUUAUGCAAAGAAAGGCAGGAAGACGAGGAUCGGCAGAGAGUUUUGGCACAACAUCGGAAUGAUCUCAGUGCUUUGAGGUCCUCUGGCUCUUUAGCCAAAGGCAAUACCGCCAUCGAUAUGUCUUCAGCUGGUGGUUCCAAUAUGUCGAGAGCAAAUAGCGACUCUAACGGCAAUGUCAACGCAAGCUCAUCGAGUACUCACAUGCCAAGCUCUACCAAAACGCCUACAAAUCGAGCUGUGAAAAAUAGCCCAGCAAAGCCAGCUCCGCCAGUAACCAUGCUAGCCAAUUCAUCUGCACAGGAUGAUUGGGAUUACCAAAAACAAUUUCAAGGCGCACGCAGUGACAGCAUUGAUAAACUGAUGGCUAUGAUUGGACUUGAGCAAGUCAAAGACAAGUUUCUUACCAUCAAAGCUCGAGUUGAUACGGCAUUGCGGCAGGGUGUUGAUCUGAGCAAAGAACGUUUUGGCUCUGUCCUGAUUGGGAAUCCAGGAACUGGCAAAACAACAGUGGCCCGACUUUAUGCCAACUUUCUCGGUUCGGUUGGAGUCCUCCCCGGAAGCAAUUUCGUAGAAACAACCGGUUCAAUGCUCGCGAACGAAGGCAUACCAGGUUGCCAAAAGAAGAUCAACACGAUCCUUAACAGCGGUGGCGGAGUUCUUUUUAUUGACGAAGCAUACCAGUUAACAGAAGGCCAAACCCAAGGAACACAAGUCAUGAACUUUCUCUUGGCAGAAGUUGAAAAUCUCACUGGAAAAAUGGCGGUUGUGUUGGCUGGGUAUCGCACACAUAUGGAGAAGUUCUUCGCGCAUAACCCUGGUCUACCGAGCCGAUUUCCACAUGAAUUUAAAUUCGAGGACUAUACCGAUAACGAAUUGCUUCGGAUAUUUGAAUAUAAUGUCAGUCAAACCUAUCAGAACCGUAUGAAAUUAGAAGGUGGUGCAGGCGGUCUCUACAGUCGCAUCGUUUCUCGUCGGGUCGGCCGAGGGCGUGGAAAUGAAGGAUUCGGUAAUGCACGCGCUAUUCAGAACGUUUGCUCGAGAAUAUAUGACCGACAAGCAACUCGGCUUAAAAGGGAAAGGAAGAGAAAUGCGUCAGUGGACGAUAUGCUUUUAACAAAAGAAGAUCUCAUCGGCCCAGAGCCGUCACAGGCUCUACAGAACUGCACUGCGUGGCAGAAACUUCAGACCAUGAUUGGACUUGAUACCGUUAAGAAGGAUAUCAAGGCAUUCUUGGAUAGCAUGCAGUAUAACUAUCAUCGUGAAUUAGAAGAGAAACCGCUGUUGGAGUUUACUUUGAAUCGUGUAUUCUUGGGAUCUCCAGGAACUGGGAAGACGAGCGUUGCGAAGCUAUAUGGACAAAUUCUGGUUGAUAUUGGCUUUUUGUCUAAUGGAGAGGUUAUUGUUAAAAAUCCGGCGGACUUCGUGGGAAGUGUGCUCGGUGAAUCUGAAAAGAACACAAAGGGCAUCCUUGGAUCGACAGUCGGUAAAGUCCUUGUUAUUGAUGAGGCAUACGGACUCUUCGGAGGAGGUACAAAAGAUAAAACAGGCUCUCAAACGAACCAAUUCAAAACAGCUGUUAUCGAUACGAUUGUCGCAGAAGUUCAAAGCACACCCGGAGACGACCGUUGUGUUCUACUCCUUGGAUAUAAAGAUCAAAUGGAGGAGAUGUUCCAGAAUGUCAACCCAGGUCUUACCCGACGAUUUCCUCUGGAUUCUGCCUUUACAUUUCAUGAUUUCACGGACGAUGAAAUGAGCCAGAUCUUUGAUCUGAAAUUGAAUCAGCAAGGCUUUGAUACUACCAGUCUCGGAAAAAAGGUUGCAAUGGAUGUUCUUGGAAGAGCGCGAAAUCGAGCGAAUUUUGGAAACGCUGGCGAGAUCGACAUCCUCUUGAAUAAAGGCAAGAUUACCCACCAAAAAAGAAUAAGUACUGGCCAGCCACGUAUAUCUUCAACCUUUCUACCCGAAGACUUCGAUGAGGACUAUGAUCGCGGACAACAGGCAGCGCAGAAUGUGAAAAAAUUGUUUGAAGGGACGGUUGGGUGUGACAAGAUUGUUGCUCAGAUGGAGGAAUAUUGUCGAAUUGCUAAUGGAAUGAGGGCGCUGGAUUUGGAUCCUCGAACACAGAUUCCAUUUAACUUUUUGUUUCGUGGGCCUCCUGGAACUGGCAAAACAACUACAGCCCGCAAGAUUGGCCAGCUAUAUUACUCAAUGAACCUUCUCUCAUCUACGGAGGUGAUUGAAGCAUCAGCCACAGACCUUGUUGGCCAAUAUAUCGGGCACACAGGUCCCAAAACCCAGGAACUGCUCGAGAAAGCACUCGGUAAAGUCCUGCUCAUAGACGAGGCAUAUAGACUGGCCGAAGGGCAGUUUGCCAAAGAGGCCAUUGAUGAGAUCGUCGCUUGUAUUACACAUCCGAAGUAUGCACAAAAAUUGGUCAUUAUUCUGGCCGGUUAUGAAGAAGAUAUCAACCGGCUCAUGGCCAUCAAUCCGGGAUUGACGAGCCGCUUCCCGGAAUCUAUUGUGUUUAAUGGGCUUGAUCCAGAUGCAUCAAUCACACUGUUAACUGCCUUGUUUAGAAAGCAGAGAGAUGAACUGAGAGAAAAGGGGAAGGAAUUCAACAUUGGCAUUCUGGAGCAUCUACCCCCUGAUUUGAGCGGGAAUAUGUACUCCUACUUUGCAGAACUUCGUCAAACUCCCAAUUGGGCUAAUGCAAGAGAUAUCCAGGAUCUGGCCAAGAAGGUCUUCGCCAAAACAAUUCAAAAUAUUGGUGGUGGGAGACUAGUUCUUACAGAUCGUGAUAUUCUGGUACAAAUGGGUCGGAUGCUUCAAGAACGUUUGAGCCGGUCAACAGUUGGCCAUUGUCAUUCUGGGUCUGCUGUUAACCAUCUCCCAACUGCCACUGAUACACAGAGCAACGUUCAACCUGGAACGAAUGUUAAUGCGUCUACAAAUACUACGACGACUACGAAUACAAAUACACCACCACAAUCGCCAAAUCCUGAUCCGAUAAAGCCAGCAACACCCACGCUGAAUACGGCUGAUCCACGAGAUGCCGGAGUAUCAGAUGACAUAUGGAACCAGCUACAACUUGACAAGCUCAAGGCCCAGAAGUCAGACCAAGAGUAUCACCAUAUUCUUCAGGAAGUGCAAACGUUAGAAAAUACACUCAAGCAACAAGAUGAAUACGCCAACGACAAAUCAGCAAACGAUGCAGCGACAAAAAUGGCUCAUGAAAAAGAACGUCUCCGCCGCGAACUCGAACGAAGAGCGCUAGAAGAAGAUCUGGAGAAACUGCGGAAGAAGAGAGCUCAGGAAGAAGAGAAACGGAGGAAAGAAGCUCAAGCACAGAAGAAAUUAAGACAAAUGGGGGUUUGUGUUAUGGGGUACCGAUGGAUUAAGCAGAGUGGUGGGUAUCGCUGUGCCGGAGGUUCGCAUUGGGUGUCUGAUGCGCAGCUAUGUGUUUAGUGUGCGCAGGUAGACCGACCUUUACAUACACAGCCUCGCAGAAUUCAGCAUCCUAUAUUUCUUAUUCUACGCGAUAGUGUGGACGUAGUGACCAU